AUGGCACAGACGCCGCUGCGACGGUCGCGCAUUGAACAGAUCCUGACAACGAGCCAGACGACGUGGACGUGGAAGCCGCUUCAUUUGGCGCCACACAUUAAAGUGCUACGACCGAGGUCCUUGCGGCCCGUAUCUCCCUCUCGCUGCGUGUGGCUUACUUGUGUGUGAGUGUGUGUGAGUGCGUAUUACUCUAUUAGUGUGUGCGUGUAUAUUUGACUGUGUGAUUUCGCGCGCUUUUGUGUCGCCUGCUUUAACUGUUUAUCCUGGCCAUUGCCUUAGCCCCGAAUCAAACAAAGGCGGCAGCCAGCACAAAGGACCGUCCAGAAUUCGAGUUGCGUGCUAUUUGCGGGCAUAUUGAUCAACUGCUGGCAAUUAAAUUCAAUUGCUGCUUAAAUUAGGCAUUUUACGGCCGCCAGACAACAAAAGCUCUGCACGAUUUAAGCCAAAUAGCGUCACCGGCUCAUAAACAUCAACAUAAGCGGAUCACAAGCUUAACCAAUUCAAGGUCUUCUGCUUGGGUCACAGCCAGUUUGACCGGAAGUUGCAUUAUAAGCACACAUCAAACGGAACAAAGCAACGCAUCAAGAUGGCGGGCGGCGGCAGGACAGCCGGCAAAUACGGAUAUUCAGACAACAAUUACUACAGUAGUCACUCGUACAAGAGCAUCAACGACGAAAUCAUACUGGUCAGCAUUAUAAUGGGCAUUACGAUAAUCGUUCUGAUCACGAUUGCCCUGUGCUACAUUGCGUAUGAGAAAUGCCACAAGAAGCGUGAAUAUUUUAUCAACGCCUAACGGGUGCACACAUCACAAAACAAACCAAAAACAUAUAA